UGUGUCUUCAUUCAGUCAAGGAUAGAUUAGGUAAUACAAUGUUGCGAUUUGUGGUAGUGCUGUGUGUUGUGGCUCUUGUAAAUGGGCAGUCCACGCCAGUCAAUCGCUGUACUUCGAACAACGGUGCAUUGCCCAUCAACACUUACAUCUCGGGGUGCGACUCUCUGCCCUGUGACUUACCUCAGCUGCAGGAUGCCGUCAUCAACAUCAUAUUCAGAGCACCUGAAACCAUGCAUAGGAUGAGAACUCUGGCGACGGCAUAUCUUCCUCCCUUGCCUCCUAUACUUUACCCUCUCCUAGCAAAUGCGGAAACUUGCAACUUCUUAACCAACACCUACUGCCCCGUCAUGAAAGGUGAAGUUAUACAGUAUGUGCUCAGGAUGUACAUUCAACCAUCCUUCCAAGUGGGAGUCCAACCAGAGAUCGAGUUCAGGAUUAACGAUCAUGACAGAAAUAACGCAAUAGUCUGCAUCCGAGUGCCCAUCAGGAUCGUAGAAGCUGUCGACAGCAGAACUGGUGCAAGCAAUGCUACAGUCUUCGAUCAAGCUUAAUACGGUAUUAACGCAUUUAAGAACUACUCGAAAAUGUACCAAAUUGGUGAAUAAAGGAUGAUAAAAGAGCUCCUUAAAUAAUAAAUUUAAUUUUAAA